GGUUUUAAUAAACCACAACACGUUAAUGACAUCCCAUAUUUCUGAAUAUAUUCGGUUAGGAGGCCGGACAUUGAAAAUGGUCAUCAUAGAUUUUAUUUCUAAACGAUGUUCCAGAUGUGUGUCAUUUACAAACCUACAUAAGAUCUCCUGGCACUGGAUCUGUUUGUUGCCUAUUGCAAAAAUCCCACCCAUCUGGACACAUAGGUGUUGUAUUGUUUAUGAGUUCAUGGCUUCCAGGAAAAUGCAGGAUGAUAUCGGCCGCGUGUGUUGAAAUAUUCUGGUUUUUAACAGAUCUCCUGACAAUCUGGGUGCUAAGAAGUUCAGUUUCCCCUGAAGAGGGUGCAAGGCUGUGCUGUGGGAAAAAGUCAGUAGAUCCGUCCUUUGUGGAGAAAACAAUGGUACUGCUGUCAGUAUGCACAGCAGGGGAGAAAACCAGGUUUUUAUAAGCCAGGCAUGGGGUGUGAGGAGGCCGUUCUCCGCGUCUUCCCUAUUCUUUUGUAGACACGCUGGGAUGAGGAUGAAAGUGUGUACCAGUGGGACAUAUGGACCAGACUGCAAGAAGAGAUGCGGGAACUGUACUGCGGGAUCGCUUGUCUGUAACACAACAUCCGGGCACUGUCCACAGACAUUAUCCAUUUGCAUACCUGGAUUCUCACCUCCGACAUGUGAAACAAAUUGUAACCCUGGGACAUAUGGAUCAGAUUGUAAGAGAAAAUGUGGUCAUUGCUCAGAGGGGGAGUCUGUAUGUGACGUUACGAUCGGUCAUUGCCCUGACCGAAAGCCCAGAUGCUCACCUGGAUACUCCGGUGUGGCAUGUGACACAGUGUGUACCAGUGGGACAUAUGGACCAGACUGCAAGAAGAGAUGCGGGAACUGUACUGCGGGAUCGCUUGUCUGUAACACAACAUCCGGGCACUGUCCACAGACAUUAUCCAUUUGCAUACCUGGAUUCUCACCUCCGACAUGUGAAACAAAUUGUAACCCUGGGACAUAUGGAUCAGAUUGUAAGAGAAAAUGUGGUCAUUGCUCAGAGGGGGAGUCUGUAUGUGACGUUACGAUCGGUCAUUGCCCUGACCGAAAGCCCAGAUGCUCACCUGGAUACUCCGGUGUGGCAUGUGACACAGAAUGUAGAAACAACACGUGGGGGAAAGAUUGCCAAGAGAAAUGUGGGAACUGUUACGAUAAAACUGAGUGUAACGCUGUCACUGGUGAAUGCCCUGUAGCGACGGGGAAUCCCCGGUGUGACCUUGGAUAUACCGGAACUGAUUGUGUAAAAGUUUCAGACCUAACGGAUACCUCUAAAGAUUACACGGGAGUGAUUGCGGGAAGUGCUGUCGGAAUAUCUCUUGUUGUCUUGGUCACCGGACUCAUUAUUAUUGUUAUGGUCCGGAGGAUAACGACGCGUGUGCAGACAGGUGGUGCUAAAGGCUCUGGACCAAACAGUACUCCAGCAGAGGAGAGCUCCGUUCCCGCAGAAGUUAUGAAUCGAAGUGAGAUGUCUGAGCCGGCAAGCUUGUAUAAUACACGUGAUGAAAAUUCUGGUGAAGAUCCCCCCUAUGAAGCCAUUCGUGAAUACGUCAAUCUGUGAUAAAACAUACAGAUCUCGAAAACAAUGUCCAGGCUGUUAUAUUGUAUUUCUGGAUAAACCGAGAUUAUACUUGUGGUCUAAACCUCCCCGACAUCUGCUCACUAUGUGCUGUUAUAAUGUGAUUGUAUAUUAAAUGUGAUGAAAACUCAGAAUAAAACACUGACAGGUAAACUAACAAGAAGCCGUUUUUUCUCGGGUUACGUUUGACAUUUGCCAAAUAUCACAAUGGCAUCGAUGCUCUGGUUUAACUCUAUGUUAUUGUUAUAGUAUUUCAUAUCACUUGGAAUAUUUGUGGGGCAUCGGCCUAAUCCAAAGGCCUCAAUUCUUUGCUAGUUCAGAUUGAGAUAAAACUACUUAUAUCGUGUUGUUGACCCGGAACUUCCAUGGCAGACGUCGCAUACAGUGCUGUCAUUGUGCUUGUCGAUUUUCUUAUUGAAUAACAUUUCAUCUUAGGGCUCCAUCACGUUUCAUCCUAGAAGAGAAUGUCUCUAUCGGCGUCUACAAACGUUGCUGGCUGCACAGAAUUCUAAGGCAAAUGUCAUUAAACUGUGUAUUCUUGACGAUGUGCUGAAUUUGAAACAGAUGAUACUUCACAGUACGAUAACAAAAUAAAAAUAACAAAAAAAUAACGUUCGUACACGAUGCUAACCUUCGUUCAAGCUGUAUAUUCUCCUUUAUAAUGCUGUGGAACUAUAGCCAAUGGGUCUUUCGAUGGGUCGUUCAAAAGUGUUUUAAAAGUUAUUUCAGUCUUUAAAACCGUCAUAUCAUUCUUUGCCUAAUACAAAACGAAUGACAUUUAUGCCAGACUAAAGUUAAUACCGGUCUUAAUUGCCAAUACGCAUUUGAAGAACAAUUGGUGCUUCUUUAUGAAAUAUGGCGCGAAAGUCGAGCAAAACAAUCAAGUGGUGUUGUGAAUAGAUAAUUGCAUUUUCCAAAACAAUUCAAAACACCAUUUCCCAAAGGAAUAUAAAGGAUAUGGUAUAUAAAUAGCAAAUAGAACUUGAAACAAAUAACAGAGAUGGAAUUGUCUGUUUGCUACGAUGCAUGAAAUACAAACAGAAAAAAUAAGUGUUUUGUUUUUAAACACCAAUCUGGUGCAGUUAGGAAACACAUCCCUAAAAUUACUAACAUAGAGCUUUUUUAUUCGAACACCAGGAUUGAAUAAAGGCUACAAGGCGAGAAGUGUAUAUAUAAUUUGCCUUUUAAUGAGACACAAUUUACAAUUUCUGACUUAAACUAUAUUUUGACUGUUUUUCUGAUCUGAUUUUGUCUUUUAAAACACUUAGUAAAUUUACACCCAGGGGAUUUCUACGUUUAUAGUAUUGAGACAUCUGUCUGUGUCUCCCCGGGUAGAUGAUCAAUUGUAUACUUCCGAUUGCAGCUGUUAUUUUUUGGUAUAAACAAUGUACACUAGAAUACCGGCCCGGGAUUUUAUCUGAACUGGUGUUUAUCGUAUUUUUGUUGAGGAUCUUCAAGAAACUCUGAGUCUUGGUGGAAACAUUUGAAGUAAAAUUGUUAAAUGUCUUGGCGCAGGUUCUGACUAAGAAUUCUCUGUGGUAUCCCAACGUUAUGUACUACGAUCAAAGGUGGAUGAACCCAGCGUACGACAUAACGAAGACUAAAUAACUAUUUUAGCUUCAAACAGGAUAUUCAGAACUUCAGAAUUUAGUAUAUAAAUGCAAUCAUUUAUGUCGUAAAUAGCAUGAGUUUAUUGCAUAAACGGGGCGAUUUAAGUCUUUCUAUGUGUAUGAUCAACAUUAUAAAGCGGUCUUAAUAUAAGAUGUUGCUUAAACAUAUCUAAGUAUCUAAUAAUUGAACAUUAAACACCUUUUUUAUCUGUUGCAAAGAGAUGUUUAUCACGCUUU